AUGGACACGACCGAACCGCGGCGCGGGGGUUCAGAGGACUCCGUCCGCUCCAAUAAUGACAUCGCCUUCCAAGAACCGAAACAGGAGCUCCCUGACGACCUACCGAAAUCUCUGGAUGAUCGUCGCUCUGUUCCUGUUUUCCAUGCGGAGACUGAGAUGUACGAUGCCUGGCAAGGCCAAUCCCAAUUCCUAACAACACCAGUCGCCGCAAAACCCCUCCCAUUCAGCCUAACACUAGACGACCACACACAUGACACAGAACACGAGCUCCGAGCCCACUACGGGCGCGAUUUGGAAGACAGCGACGCCCGACUGAUGGAAAUGCUCGCCGCCCAAGCCGCGCAUCGCGAAGUGGAUUCUCUCAGUGCGGACGAGGAGACCAUUGCCGUUGAUGAGAAGCUGACCGAUGAUGAGAAGCGCGAUAUACUGCAGAAGAGCUUGAAUAUGGCGGCUAGCAAUGGGGAUGUGGAGCGCGUGCGGAAACUCGUGCGUGGGAAUGCUAGGCCUUUUGUUGAUGUUAAUAUGCCUGAUGAGGAGGGGACUGUUCCGUUGAUUUAUGCUAGUUGUUUUGGUCAUCAAGAGGUCGUUGCCGCGCUUAUUGAUGCCGGGGCUUUCGUUGACAAGCAGGAUCGCAAUCAGUGGAGUGCGCUGAUGUGGGCUAUGACGAACCGCCAUAAGACUAUUGCGAAGAUUCUUCUUGAUCACGGGGCUUCGCCGGAUAUUAAGUCUUCGUCUGGAGGUACUGCGCUUGAUUUUGCCCAGCCUGGGAGUGAAAUCUCUGAAUAUCUGCAUGAAAAUGGGUAUAAUUUUGGUGCUGGGGCUAUUGAGGACGAUUUCUAUGAUGCUGGGCUGGCACAUGGCCGGUUUGAAGAAGAAUUGGCUGAGACUGAGAUGAAGCGGAGAAUGAUGAUGGAAGAGAGCGCUAUCAAUUUGGAAGUUGAUUUGUCCAGUCUGGGGCUUGACGAGAAAUUCGAGCCAUCUGAUGAGGAUGAGCUAGAAGAAGAGCAACAGGAAUUCGUCUGGGAUCGGUGUCUGAAUGACCAGAUGUUUGUCUUCCAGGAUCAUGAACUGGAGCGCAUCUUGGAUAUCAUCAUCACCAACAUGACUCCCCAGCGGUCUCCAUCUCAAAAACCAGUGCCUGCAAAUCUCCUCUUCCUCAGUGCACGUUAUGCGCAUUAUCAUGCCAGCCCGGAGCUACUCGCAACGCUGUUGACGUCGGCGAUGGACAAGAUCAAUGACGUCGUCGAACGCUACCAAUGGGACAUGACCAUGCAAGCAUUCUGGUUGUCAAAUGCCACGCUACUUCUUCAUUACCUCAAGAAGGAUGGCGGUCUGGUAGAAUCUACGGUCGAGUUCCAGCUCCAUUUGGCAGAGUUGAUCAAUGAGAUUUUCGUUCUCAUCAUUCGUGACGCCGAGCGUCGAAUGAACAAAGUCCUGGAUGCGGCUAUGCUGGACCAUGAGACCAUCCCUGGACUGGAAGAUGUUGCCUUCCAAAACGAAUGGAAACUCUUCCGCAAAAACAAAAAUAAAACCCCUGAACCUGCCGAGAAGCGAUUCCGGCCUCCAUCUCCGCGCCGACGAGCGCAGGUUUCGCCCCGAAACAUCACCUCCUUACUCUCAUCGACCCUUUUUGUACUUGAUCUAUACGACGUCCACUCCGUGAUCGCAACACAGAUCCUCUCCCAACUUCUUUACUGGCUCAGUGCCGAGAUCUUCAACCGGAUCAUGAGCACGAAACGUUACCUGGCGCGCACAAAGGCAAUGCAGAUCCGCAUGAACGUGUCAACUUUAGAAGACUGGGCGCGCUCCAAUAACCGACAACCAGAGCACUAUGAAAACGGGUCUACAUCUUGCACCGGAGAGACCACAAUCGAAGCCGCCCGUCGACAUCUGGCGCCGGUUAUCCAACUCCUCCAGUGGCUGCAAUGCUUUUCCUCGCUCGGCGACGACCACGAAUCGCUCGUGACAACCCUUCUCCAACUCCAGCAACUCACCCCUGCCCAGCUUCUUCACGCUGUCAAGUCCUACCGCCCAGAAGUCGGCGAGAAGGGUCUCACCAAGCAAGCAAUGAAGUUUCUCCUUGAUAUGCAGCGCGACCCAGGAGUUAUCUUCCGCGAGCAACAAAAAAUACAAGACGAGAAGAAAAGAGCCGCAGCCGGGCCUGCGUCCGACGCAGCAGACGGUCGUCCAAAAACACCACCAAAGGACCAACCCUCCGACGCACCCACAUCCCCAGACCCGGGUCUUUCCCCGGGCUCAGCAGGUGCCUCCUCCAGACCAGCAAGCAUGGUCGCCAUCAGGAAUGACGAACGCCCGGGUGGCGGCAACGCCGUCAUCCUUGACCCGACCCUCUUCCUCCCCUUCUCCCUCCCAACCAGCACAGACAUGCUAAUCAGCUACGGCGCCGGCUUCGGCGGUACGAAUCGCGAACGAGCACGCAAGUACAUCCCCACCGUUCCACCAGAGGUUCUCAGCCGAUUUGAUCGUGGCGAUGCAUGA